UCGCAUCCGGAAGUACGGCAGGCUUAAGCAUUUGUUUUGCUGUCAUAAUAGCAAGUUAAAGCGUUAUGUGUUCACACCUUAUUAAGAUUAACUAAGUUUGAUAGCUCAUUGAAAUCAAUAUUUUUCAGUCUUGCCUCAUUUUAUUUCGGAGUUGGAGGUUGGGAAGUUCACAUAACGAGAACAACUCAAGAAAGAAAGAAGCGCAAAUUCUCUGAUGAACAGCAGCAGUCUAUUAUGAAGAACAAGAUAAAAUGAUUUGUCAUAUAACGUUAUCAUUUUAACGUCUUUAAACGUCAAUCAUGGAUUCUACAGCUCUUGAACUCGAUGCUGUUAAAUUUGCUAAAUCAGCUGUACUGAAUGAUCAGCAGGGGAAAUACAAUGAAGCUGUCUUCUACUAUAAGGAGGCUGCCCAGGCUCUCAUCUAUGCAGGCAUGGCUGGAUCCAAACUAGAGAAUAUUCAAGACAAGGUGAACGAGUACCUGGACAGAGUACAGACUCUACUCAGUGCCGUUCAAGCACAGAGCAAUGACCCUCUGAAGAGUAAGCACCAGUUGGAUCUGGAGAGGGCGUACUUUCUGGUGACACAGGCUUUUGAAGAGGAUGAGAAGGAAAAUGCAGAUGAGGCCAUUGAACUCUACACUCAAGCUGUGGAAUUGUGCAUUCAAGCGUCCAAUGAGACGUCAGAUCAGGCACUACAGGGAAAACUGAAGCAGCUUGCUCGCCAGGCUCUGGACAGGGCAGAGGGACUGAAAGACUCUGUUAGUAAAUCAGCAAACCAGGACAAGCCCGUCUCCUCUGCAUCCAAAGGCCCUCCUCAGGUGAGGCAGUUCUUCCCGCUAGGCCCUGACUUCUCCCUCCAUGACAAAACUCAGCCGGUCCGAGCAGUGCACUCCAGCGAGCCUCAGGGUCAGCGUUACACAGCGGAGGAGAUCGAGGUGCUCAGAAAGACCUCCAAGAUUAAUGGAAUUGAAUAUGUUCCAUUCAUGAGUGUUGACCUUAGGGAACGUUUUGCUUUUCCUGUUCCGUUCUCGGACAAAUGCGGGAAACUGGCUCUGUCGCCGAAGCAAAAAGCCAUAUUCUCACGCUGGGUUCGUCCUGAUGACAUCUGCAAUAACCCCACCAUGAUCUUCACUGUGUCCAGCUUCAGCAUCAAGCAGACAGUUGUGUCAGACUGUUCCUUCGUUGCCUCAUUGGCCAUCAGUGCAGCAUAUGAGAGACGCUACAACAAAAAGUUAAUCACAAGCAUCAUCUUCCCACAGAACAGGAAAGGAGAGCCAGAGUAUAACCCGUGUGGGAAGUACAUGGUGAAGCUGCACAUUAACGGUGUCCCGAGAAAGGUGAUCAUUGAUGAUUUCCUACCCGUGGAUCGCAACGGCGAGCUGCUUUGUUCCUAUUCCAGUAAUCGCAACGAACUUUGGGUGUCACUCAUUGAGAAGGCCUACAUGAAGGUCAUGGGAGGAUAUGAUUUCCCAGGCUCCAACUCUAAUAUCGAUUUGCACGCUCUCACUGGCUGGAUCCCAGAGCGUAUUGCUAUGCACUCAGACAAUCAAUCCUUUAACAAAGAUGAUACUUUCCGCAUGCUUUACCAGAGAUUUCACAGAGGAGAUGUUCUCGUCACCACAGCAACAGGGGUGAUGACUGAGGAGGAGGGGGAGAAGUGGGGUUUAGUGCCCACACAUGCUUAUGCUGUUCUAGACAUCAGGGAAUAUAAGGGUAAACGCUUCCUCCAGCUGAAGAACCCAUGGAGCCAUCUCAGGUGGAAAGGUCGCUAUUGCGAACGUGACGAAAAGAACUGGACACCAGAUCUUCUCAAAUACCUAAAUUUUGACCCUAAAACCGCACAGAAGUUUGACAAUGGGGUGUUUUGGAUCAUCUGGGAAGACUUGUGCCAGUAUUACGAUGUCAUCUACUUGAGCUGGAAUCCGGCACUGUUCAAAGAAUCCUCAUGUAUACAAAGUAGCUGGGAUUGCAAACAGGGACCUGUGAAGGACGUCUACAGUUUGGCCAAUAACCCUCAGUACAAGCUGGAGGUGCAGUGUCCUCAAGGGGGCGCUGCAGUAUGGGUGCUACUCACCAGACACAUCACUGACAAGGAUGACUUCGCUCAAAAUCGGGAGUUUAUCACUUUAGUAGUUUACAAGACUGAUGGAAAGAAAGUCUAUUAUCCAGCUGAACCUCCUCCCUACAUUGAUGGCAUCAGGAUCAACAGCCCUCACUACUUAACCAAGAUCAAACUGACUAGUCCUGGAACUCACACCUUUACACUGGUGGUCUCUCAGUAUGAGAAACAAAACACCAUCAACUACACACUAAGGGUAUACUCGGUAUGCAAGUUUAAUUUCUUCAAAAUCCCAACACCCUUCACCCACACCAAAAGAAUAAAUGGGCAGUGGAAGGGGGCCAGUGCAGGAGGUUGUGGAAACUACAAAGAUAGCUUCAAGAACAACCCCAUAUACCAGUUCAACAUGGAGAAAACAGGCCCUCUGCUCAUCGAACUCCGUGGCUCAAGGCAGUACAGUGUGGGCUUUGAGGUGGUGACUGUUUCUACUGCAGCGGAUUCUGGAUCAUCAGGCUCUCAAAAGCGGGGCAGUGGAGAUUACCGAUGCGGUUUCUGUUAUAUGGAUGUUGAGAACUUCCCUGCUGGGAUAUACAAUGUCAUCCCCACUACCUUCCUGCCCAAGCAAGAAGGCCCAUUCUUCCUGGACUUCAGCAGUGUCAUUCCACUGCGCGUAUCUCAGCUGCAAUAAUGGCUCGAGGUCAUCGGCCCACCGGAUUGUUCUGCAGACACUGAAGGUGCUUUAGCCAGUGCUCAUUGCUCCCGAGGGCACAAACACUCUCGCUUACCAAAAUGAAAUAAUCCCCACCCACAGACGGUCUCUCACAUAGUGCCAUGUUUGUCAUCAUGUUAGUGUGUGAUUGAUAGCGUAGGACUGAUCAUGACAGUGCCAUGCUCAGAGGAAGUGUGUUCAAUCAGCCAAAAAUACACUCCUCUAACAGUAGUUCUGCAGUCCAAAGUUUCAUUCAAAAAUAAUGUGUACACUUGAACUGAAAUGACUGUUUUUAACUCAGGAGACUUGCUGUAUAGUAAUGAUGUCUGAUGAUAGAUCAGAGGGAUAUGUUUUGUGUUCAUACUAAGGGCUCUUCCUCUGGUCUUUGCUUAUGUGAAGGUAGAAAGACUGUUGCAGGGAACACAGUCACUUCUCUCUUUAGUGGGAAGAGAAUGAAUGCACUUUUAUCAAAAAAAGGAAGAGAGUGAGAUAUGCAUCUUAAAAGCAUAUAAUUAAAGCAUAAUUAUUUGUUUUUGUUUUUUUUGCUUCCCCCACCGGCCAUCAUGCACAUCAAUUGUCAGUUUAGACAUUAUGUACCUGCACAGUACUGAAUGUUUACAGAACAUUAUUACAAUGACCUGGAUGUUCUUGCGUCAUAAAGGGACACGCAUGAUUGAGGAUGAUGUUCCGUAUUGGGCGUACAAAUGCUUAAAGAACUUCUGUCUAACAUGCUUUUUGAUUUAUGUUCAUCUGCUCUGAUGUAUUUAUUUGCAGAGAUUAAAAUUGUGUACAUGUCAUCAGACAUUAUCCCACUUUUUAUAACAGAAUUACGUUGGUGACUCUACAAAAACAAGUAUUUAUUAUAUAACAACUACUUUUUACUGCAUUUAUUCUUCAUGGUUAAUUUUUAGAUAUUUACAUUUUGUGUCUAAAACGUAACCUUUUACCACGCCUUCCAAUGGCGGGUGACUUUUGAAAAAUUACUACUACUUUUGCAAAAACAAUCGGUUAGACACCAGCCUACUGGUGAACAUUCAUAAUUCUCUAUUCAUAUUUCAAUACCACAGCUAAAAGUCCUAGCCUAACGAAUAUAAACUUAAAAUAAGUAAAUACAAGUAAUUUAAGUUUUCAGGUAGAGACAUUGAAUUGAAUAUUAAAAUAAUAAUAAUAAAUUAAACAGAUGAAUUUAUUUAAAAGUUAUUCAGUCAAGAGCAGUGAAUUUGUUUUCUUUGUCCUUGUUAGGCUGCUGUCACUUUAAGAUCUAAUGCACUGAUCCAAUACACUGAUACCGACUCUUCUUUCUCUUCUGUUUACGUUCACUGAUGUUUCAUAACAGACUGUGUUUACUUUUGUGAAUUUGUCCAUUCACGCGCAAGAAGACGCAAAAGAGAGCUCAAUUCACAAUUCAAUAUUUGCAUAUUCACAAAACUUUCCAGACAAUGUGCAACAAAUUGAGUUCCCUUUCACGUCUUCUUGUGUCUGAAUAUUUAAAUUUCCAAGGCUUAAACACUUGUGAAGAUGAAGCACUGGUCUGUCAACUGUCCCGAGUGGAGUUCACGUUGUUCUCACAACGUUGCAUUGUUAGAAUUCAUAAAAAAGAUACCGGUCAACUGGCAAUUGACACCAUUUCAUAUACCCGCCAGGGCCUAUUUUUACUCACAUUUGACACUGGGCAAGUUUUAUAUUGUUUAAGGUUUAUAUAUCGGCUGUAUGUGUGAUCUCUGGGAAUUAAACCCAUGAGCUUGGUAGCGCCAUUCUCUACCAUAGGCCUAUAUUUCGUAGAUACACAAUACCAUUCAAAAGUUUGGGGUUAGUAAGUGUUUUUUUGGAAAGAAAAUAAUGUUUUUUCUGCAUGUAUGCAUUAAAUGGAUCAAAAGUAAUCAGUAAAGACAUUUAUAAAAUUACAAAUUCAAAAAGAAAAUGCUGCUCUUUUUAUCUUUUUUAUUCCUAAAAAAAAAAAAAACUGAAAAAUUUGGCACCGUGUCAUCAAAAAUAUUAAGCAGCACAGCUGUUUUCAUCAUUGGAUCGUAUGACACUGAAGACUGCCCAAUAUUUUUUUAUUAAGUAGAGAGCACAAAAAGACUGCAAGCCGGUACUCAAACUGAGGCCGGAGUGGCAUAGCACACAGGGUUAUCGACUCAGACAUGGCAGUAAGCAGUGAUUAUUUGACUUACUUGACUAAUAAUUGUGCUGCAGCUAUCAUUUUAUUUCAGUCUGAAAACAAUUACACAAGCUUUGUAAACAACAAAAGACUAGACGCCACAAAUCACUUAAAUACUGUUACAGGGUUUCUUUUCUUACCAUCGUUUCUCAAAACGGCAACAGAUCAAAAGAACUAACAUUUGAGAAGAAAAAAAAAACUGAGACAAGGUCACACAAAGCCUAAUGACUAGACCUGAAGCUUUGCCAUUGGUGUCGAAAUCAGUGCCUACUGCACCACCCAAGCUGGAUGAAACGCUCCGUAAUCGUCGUCUUAAUCAGUGAUGUACGUUCCCCACCGAGA